UGUUAAGUUUCUCUCUUGACCACAAGUUGUUCAGUUUUGUUAGAGCUACUUUGGAAAAUUCAAGAGACUUUCAUACUCUUGAAACGAGUCGGUUGUGCAAAGUAUCCAAGACAGUUAAACAGAGAAAUCAAUGAAGAUUUCUGUAGUUUUUGCCUUUGCCUUCGUGGCUGUGUGUGUUCUUGAAUGCUGUGUCUCAGCCGCACACUUCAAGCCUAAGGUAGAUCCUGGAGAUGCUGACCACAACAGACGAUUUAUAAUUGGCGCAAACGCAGAUCCAAGAGAGGAGGACUACAUCAAAGUACAUAUGGAUUUCCCGCGUGAGUCUGAGAAACAUGACUACGGGGAUGAAGAGGACGGAGUAAUAAAAGACAUCGAGGAACCAUUUGACAUACCCUUAGAAGAUUUCGAAAAUUCAAGGGAAUUUUCCAAGCAUAAUUUCCAAAUUUCCGACAAAGACAUCAGGCUAAAGUGGGAAUAUGAGGUGACCGUCAACUGUGAAUACGGCAAUCCAACGUGUAGAUGCAAGAAGCGUGCACAUGUAUGUAUUUUUAACCUCGAAAUUGACGAAAUUCGAACUUUCACCAGCUAUCAAAAGUUGUCGGUCGAUGAACCAACAGGAAUAGCUUUGCGAGGAGCCGAGGGAGUCAAUUAUUAUUUCGAUAAAGACGGAACACUUUUGCCACUGCAGUAUAAUAGAACAUGUUCAACAUUAGACCUAGCCAAAUGCACUUAUCCUCAGUUUGUAGAUGGUAAAACGUAUCGUAUGGUAAUAGCCGUCAAUGGACAAAUUCCUGGACCUACCUUAAUAGUUCAGGAAGGGCAAAAGGUUAUUAUUCACGUUCACAACAAUCUCACCACUGAAGGUAUUUCAAUUCACUGGCACGGAAUGCAUCAGAAAGGAACACCUUGGAUGGAUGGUGUUGGUCAAGUCACUCAAUGUCAAAUAGGACCAUCAUCAAGCUUUUCAUACGAGUACAUUGCUAGUCCUGCUGGCACGUUUUGGUACCACUCCCACAGUGGCGCUCAGAGAACAGAUGGCCUCUAUGGUGCACUUGUAGUCAAAGAAACCAGAUCAAGGUUGGACCGAAUACGAGCAAAACUGAAAGCUGAAUUUAAAGAUAAUCCAGAUAAACACACUUUAACGCUUCUAGACUGGCAGGUGGAGGCAUCUUUAGACCUGUUCACACAGAGCCAAGCCGACUUAGGCUUUUAUCCAGACAAGCCGCACGGCGAAGUGCCUACUCCAUCUGAUCAAAAGUAUAGUGGUACACGUAGUUUUGACAAUGGCGGGGCUGGACCUAUUCCCUACUUUUCUGGAAUCAUAAAUGGCAAAGGCAGACAUGAUGAUGUUCCAUACAACAAAACCAGACUGAGUAUAUUCACAGUUGAGUCCGGAAAGAUAUAUCGCUUUCGGCUUAUUGGAGCCCAAGGGCUUUAUUCUUACAGCUUUUCCAUUGAUGGCCAUAAACUGACUGUGGUCGGCACUGACGGCUAUUGGAUUGAACCCGAAAAAAAGGUUGAUUUCAUCAUGAUCCAUCCCGGAGAGAGAUAUGACUUUCUACUCGAUGCAAAAGAGGAAAUAAAAGACUACUGGAUUCGUGCCGAGACUAUGGAGAUUGAUCAAAGUGGCCAAGGGCCCCCUUACAAGUCACUAGGACAUGUGGCAGAAGCUAUUUUGCACUACAAACGGCGUAGCGAUUCGCAUGAUCCAGAUGUCAAUGUGCCGUCGCGUAGAUAUGAAGAAAUCAAAAACAAUUCUCCUCUCAGAGUGUGCACCCAGGAGAAUCCAUGCAAAGCAGUGAACUGCCCAUUUAAAAACUUUCAUUGUUCAUACAACAUUAUCUGUACUAAUGUAGACGAGCUGCGUUUACUUGAGCGAACUCCACCUGGGGAACUUCCAAAUGCAAACCCUAACAGCCAAUGCCGAAAUUGCACACAUUUCAUCAAUUUUCAUUUUGAAGGUGAAUCUAAAGCUAGUUCAGUGAACGGGCGAAAUUUUAUUCUUCCUUCCUUUCCACCCCAAACCCAAUAUAACGAUUUUCGAGAAAAAGACACCAUCUGUAACCUUACGGCUGACUGCAAUCCAUCGACACUCGAGUGCUCAUGUGUGCAUGUGAUAGACAUUCCAUAUAACGAAACUGUUCAAUUGGUGUUUUCAUCAAUUGGUGCUUCUCCUAGUGCUCAUCCAAUUCAUCUCCAUGGCCAUACGUUUCAUGUAGUUGCCGUUGGAUAUCCAGAGUAUGACGAUACCACUGGUUAUGUUAAAAAACGCAACAGUGAUAUAUCCUGCGCUGAUGUUAACUGCACUAAAGAAGGGUGUGUCAACGAAAGUUGUACCAGACCAAGCUGGAAGACGGAGCCAAUGAAUUUUACCAUCAAUAGGCGCACGAUAAGAAAGGACACAGUAAUGGUCCCUGCUGGCGGCUACGUUGUCAUCAAUUUUCUUUCUGAUAAUCCAGGCCAAUGGUUUCUUCACUGUCACAAAGAAUUGCACCAACUUGAGGGAAUGGCACUAAUUGUCAAUGAGGCUUUGGAGGAGCAGCGCAAGCCACCCGAUGGCAUGAACAAGUGUGGAGAUUUUGAGAUAAGUCACUAUAAAUCUCAACCAUAGUUGUUAGUUACGAAGCUAAGGCAUGAAAAACUAUUUGAAAAAGGAUAAGUUCCCGACAUCCUUAGAAGCUUUUAACCUCAACAAAACUAGUACUUGAAAAACAUUCUCCAACAAUGUGUUUGCUAAGAUCCAGAAUUAAGUCAGUUUUAAAUUAGA